AUGACCUCGUUUUACGACCUCAAGACUGAGCUCCCCGGAGGCAAGGAGUACGACUUUGCCCAGUUGAAGGGCAAGGUCGUGCUGAUCGUGAACACGGCCUCGAAGUGUGGCUUCACGCCCCAGUACAAGGGUCUCCAGGCCCUCUGGGACAAAUACAAGGAGAAGGACUUCGUCCUCCUUGGCUUCCCUUGCAACCAGUUCGGCGGCCAAGAGCCCGGUGACGACGAGAAGAUCGCCGAGUUCUGCACGCUCAACCACGGCGUGAGCUUCCCCCUCGUGAAGAAGUCCGACGUGAACGGCGACAACACGAACGAGGUCUUCAAGUGGCUCAAGAGCCAGAAGGCCGGCCUGCUCGGCAUGACCAGGAUCAAGUGGAACUUCGAGAAGUUCUUGGUGGACAAGGAGGGCAAGGUUGUUGGCCGCUGGGCGUCCACCACCACGCCCGAAGCUAUCGAUGCGGAGAUCGCGAAGCUGUUGUGA